GAAAAAAAAAAAAAAAACGACAGGGAGUUACCUCAGCGCUUUCCGAGGUAUGAGAUUGGGUCAUUUACCACCCUGCUCCCUUAUCUAUUAAAGGAGGAAAUCACGAAUUUUACGAAAGCGGUGGGAAACGGACAGAAACACGGGCAAACCUGGAGAACUGGCCCAGUUCUCGGAUAGCUCCUUUUUCUCCUUCUCCCGGCGGAUCAGUCGGAAUCUGAGGGGCGUGCACGCGCGCAUGCGUGUGUGUUUACAAGUGUUUGAACGAGAGCCAGAAACGAGGGAAGGAGGAUAAAACCCUAAAGGAAAGAGGGAUGGUGGACAACUCCAGCAGCAGCAAGGCGCAAAUGCCAAGCAUGUCUCAGGAGCCCAGUGUGGCUUUUCCACAGAGCACCUCUACAGGGGGAAUGAAGCUGGAGGCAGUGAUGGAGCAGCUCCAGCGCCAGCAGCAGGCCCGUCUGGAAAUGGAGAGGAAGGAACGGAAGCUGCGAGAGGCCCACAUCAUGUACGCUCAGCAGGUUGCAGCCCAGCAGGCUAUACUGGCUGCAGCCCGGGCUUCCGGGGCAAGCUUCAUGGGCAAAGGCAUGGCCGGAGGCGUUCCUGCAGCCGGCUUGCCUCCUCGGGUGUCCAAUCAGAGCAGCGUGGACUCGGAAAGAGAGGAGGAUGAGGACAGAGGCCGGGAUUCGGGGGAUGAGGAUGAUGACAACGAGAUGAUGGAGGGGGACGAGGGCAGCGACGAGGAUGAGGGAAAUGCCAGCGGCCUGGAGUUUCUCCGCAAGCAGACCCUGGCUCUGCAACAGAACGCCUCCCGCAUCCCAGCCCGUCCGUUCGGAGGCUACUCCAUGUCGGCCCCCCAGAGAGCUGCCUCCCCACCUGUUAGAGUGAAGCAGGAACCUGAUGAGGGCAUGUCCCCUGCAGGGCCAAACUCAUCUGCCUCUCCUAAUGGACAGGCCGACUGGGGAUUUGAUGACCACUUCAGACAGAAUGGCAGUGCUGGAUGGACAGAUGAGGCUGACAGUAACAGAGGACGAGGAGAAGCCUCCAGAGACUUUGCUAAGCUGUAUGAGCUGGACAAUGAUCCGAAAAGGAAGGAAUUUUUGGAUGAUCUCUUUACCUUCAUGCAGAAACGAGGAACCCCGGUCAAUCGUAUUCCCAUCAUGGCCAAGCAGGUCCUGGAUCUGUACAUGCUCUACAAGCUGGUAACGGAGAAAGGCGGCCUUGUGGAGGUUAUCAACAAGAAGAUCUGGAGAGAAAUCACCAAGGGACUCAACCUGCCUACAUCCAUCACCAGCGCUGCUUUCACUCUGCGCACACAGUACAUGAAAUACCUGUACCCGUACGAGUGCGAGAGGAAAGGUCUCAGCUCCCCGGGCGAGCUGCAAGCCGCCAUCGACAGUAACCGACGCGAGGGCCGUCGUCCUAGCUACAGCAGCAGCCUCUUCCGCUUCUCUCCUUCUCCAGGCACGGCUCCCCACAUCCUCUCUCCUCCCAAGAUGCAUCUGACAGGCCUUGGCGCCGGGACCUCAGUCACCCUCAAUGGCCUGCAGGCUUCUCCAGGACCCUCUCUGAAGAAAGAAGACCUGACCCCUGCGAUCAUGGCUGCAAGACCUCCUCUUGCGCUGUCUCUGGGUCAACAGCAGGUGGCUGGUUUGGCGAGAGCCGCCACCCUGGAGCAGCUCAGAGAAAAACUGGAGACCAGUGGGGGAGGAGAGGGGCCAGAGAGAAAGAUGGCCCGCCUGGCAGAGGAGCAGCAGCGCCUCAUGCAGCAGGCUUUCCAACAUAACCUGCUGGCUAUGGCAUCCCAGAUGCCCAUGAAUCUGCGCUUGGGAGCCCCCACCAUCGCCACCAGAGGUCAGCGCUGCCAAGAUGAGAAGCAGCAGGAUAUGUCUCUUAGCAUCUCCACCAAUGGGAAUGCCAGCAUCACUGUAUCUGUGGAGGUUAAUGGCACAAUCUACUCAGGAACCCUGUUUGCCCAGAAGUCCGGCGGGGCACCAGGGCCUGUUGUUGCUGCUAGUGCCGCCUCAUCAUCCCCUGCUGGACCCAGCUCAAGCUAUGGCUUCUCUGCUCCCCAGGCCCAGACCCUCAGCCCCACACCUUCCUCCACCUCCUCCUCCAAGGGCUCCGGCUCCGCUGAGCUGGCGCCCAGCGGUUCCCCCUAACUCGAGCUUUCCUUUGUACCCGCUCCCUAGGCCGCUGCUCCACAGCAAGGCCCCAGCAUGAAUAUACAGUACAAUGAGAAACCGAUAAGAAUAAGAAACUGUUGCACAACAAAUACCUCAACAACCCUGUCAACCUUUUGGCUGUCCAAUCAUGAACAUAGAGCCCCAGAAUAUCACAUAAACCCACUUCUCUGCAUUAAAUUCAUCACAUGCAUAGAUAUACACAAUCUACACACUCAUACACUUGUUAAUCCUAGUGUACAUGCUAAACACAAUCAGCUCAGCCAAAACCCACUGACAGGCGUAUUCACAACUGAACUUGAAAAGUUUUACUUUAGGACAUUUUGUUUGUUUUAUUGCCAUUUUGUUCUCUUUUUGAUUUUUGUUUUUUAGAAUGAUUUUGUUUUCAGUUUUUCUCUUUUUACAUACCUCAAAUCAUGUAACCUGCAGUGGUGUCUUUACCUCAGGAGCUGUAGAAUAUUUAACCUGAAUCAACUUUAUUUUUGUAUUCUGUUUAAACUUGUUGCAAUCAGGGGAAGUCGGGUAUCUCUCACCAACACAACCUCAUGUACAGCGCACUCACCUCACAGCAAUAGGCCUCCAACCCAGGCCACUCAGGUCUGUAACACACUGUAGCCUCGUGUUGAACUCAAGACUGGUGAAUGAUAAAGAUGAUGCUGUAGAUCGGCAGAUUAAAUACCUCAUUUCACAACUACCCUCAGUAAAAGACCUUUACAACAGUUGGAAGCACUAACCUAUACAGGAGCAUCUCAAUAAAUUCAAGUAUCUUUAAAAAUGUAAUUUAAUUCAAGAAGGGAAAUCCACUGCCUCAGAGUCAUGCAUUUCAAGUGUUUAUAUAUGUUAAUUUAAUGAUUAUGGCUUACAGCUAAUGACAAAAAACAUAUUUCAGUUUCUUAAAAAAAAAAAGUAUUUCAUGUACAAAUAUAGGCCUACUGAAAAAUAUGUUCACUCAAUACCUCGUUGAAGCUCCUUGCACAUGAAUUACUCCCAUCAAUGCGACCUGACAGAGAGGUGAUCAGCCUGCGGCUCUGCUGGUCUCUAUUAUUGGCUCCGGUGUCUCUCAUCUUUUACGUAACAGCACCCUGGUGGGUCUCAGUGGAGUUCAGGUCGGGCCACUUUGCUGGCCAGUUGAACCCAGUGAUACCAUGUUCAUGAAGGCACAUACUGGUACUUUGAAAAGGUACCAAGUCCUGCCAAUUAAAAAUUUCUUGGUAGAUGGCUUGUUCAUGUCCUGAAUAAGUCUUUGUGUGUCGGGGAUCUUUCAGCGCUAAUCCAGGCUGCAGUCUACGUUUUGUGAAAGUCCCCCAAGUUUUUAAAUGGACAUUUUUUCCUACCUCUGGUCUUCCCUAUGCUUAACAUUAUGCUGAGAAUCUGCACUGUGUUCACAGCCAGCUUCUUUACUUUCCUAGACACUGCAAAAACACAAAACCUUUUAUUAUUGGUCUAGUUUCUAAUGCUUUUAUAUUCAUAUAAAAGUCCUGUUUUCCCUGGAAGAUUACUUCACUUAUAAUGAGACACUUUUCCCUUGUUAUAAGUGAAAUAAUCUGCAUGUGGUACUAAUAAUUUAUUAUCAGUAUUAAGGAAUUAUUUACUUAAAACAAGCCAUUCGUCUUGAUGAAAAGUUACUUUUAAGUUUGCUUUGUUUUAUUCCACAUGUACUAAGAUAUUUGCACUAGAAACUUGACCAAAAAUAAUUGGUAAGAUUUUGUGUUUUCACAAUGCGAGCCUGUCAGUAACUGUGCUGUAAGUAGUCGUCCCCAUUAUUAUGAUACAAUAACAUUAAAUUUCUGCACUAAAAGCUAUAUUAAUAGAUUUUAUUUAACGUUCUAAUUAUCUGAGAAACUGAAUUUUUGGGUUUCAUCUCUGCCCAUUAAUCACAAUCAUCAAAACUAACAGAAGUAAAUACUUGAAAUAUAUUGAUUCUUUAUGUAAGAAAUCUACAUAAUAUAAUUUUAACUUUUUUGAAUUGAGGCGCUGAAAUAAAUUAACUUUUUGAAUAUACUUCUAUCUAUUGAGAUGCACUUUUAGUUCAGUUGCUCACAGGCCUGCUUUUUAACGACUUAACGCACAAAGUUUGGGGGGGAACAGCAGCUCUUGUCCACCAACAAGCCCAGUAGACCCUGAGUCCCUGUCUCUAAUCAGACCUACUGUGGCAUUUCAAACCCAGCUACACGGACCCAUUUUGUCACCCCCACCCUGUAUUUUAGUUUGCAUCCUUCCACCUGAAUGUCCAGUAGGACGGCGUCUUCAUCAGUAAGUAGUUCCCAGACCUCACACUGGCCUCUCUCUUCUGGAGGGCGUCUCUCUCAGGAAGCAAAGUGACAACCGCAAGGAAUCACUGAUAAUUUAAAGAAGAUUCAUUCGUGAAGAAUGCACAAGACUACGUGACUGUUUCAAAAAAAAAAAAAAGAAAAGAAAAUACCUCAUUAGACUCUCUGAAAGCGAGAGCGACACUACAUACCUCGGCUGUGAAGCCAAAUCCUGCCUGAACUGAAACUGAGAUGGAUGUACUGACACACUGCGGGUGGGUUUUGGGGAGAAAAAAAAAAAGAGUUGGGAAGGGUUUGCUUUCUUUCUGCUGUAUUUACUCAUAGACCCUGUUUCAUGCAUUCUUUUUUCCUGCUAUUUUUUCCCAGUGGGUGGGAUUUGGGGUGGACGGGGCGGGGUGGAGGGAUUUCGUCUAAGGGAAGUGAUAUAUGCAUUUUUUUUUUUUUUGUCAGGGAAGAGGAACAGAAAUCUUCGUUCCUAACUGUUGUACAGAUUUGCAGGAUUGUGAGAUUUGAUUGCGAACAGAGGAAUUGCAGUUAAUUCUUUCUUGGCUGUUUUGAAAUGAAAUGCAUGUGUACAAUCAUGUGACCAGUGUUAGAACACAUUAAUUUUCUGGUUAUUGCACAGCUAGAUACCAAAGACUAGUCCAGCUGGUCAUCCUCAUACAAUCCUGGUUGCAAGUGCUGAGGUGGUUUGAAAAACAGAUCCGACAGUCCGUUGAACUGCAAAACAAAAUCCCACCUAACCUCGUACAACCUAAUCUUUGAAAUAUUUGUGAAAACUAAUGUCAGAUGAGGUGCAAGUUCUUUCUUUCUCAACAUAUUAUGACACGUCUUCACUUCCUGCUUACAAUUUAAACUAGAUUAAAUCGAAUCUGAACGUGUAACAUGAAGGGAUGGUCAUACGCUGGCUGUGUAGGAGAGAUUAAAGUGUUACACAGAAGAAAAGCCAGAUCUCAUGUCACGUUGAGCUUAUAUAAUCAGAUAUUUUUGGGGGCACUGAACAAACCACCUGUCUGCAAGCUCAGGCGUUGCCCCACAGUUUCAGUUCCUUCCAACCAAACACACUUCCUGGUCCUUCAGACACAGAUGGCAUAAGAUGUGUUUUCCUUCAAGUUAUUUUUUUCUAAAACAUUACAUCAAUAAGAUUUAAAAAUAGAUUUUCCAGCUUCUCCUCAGUUGAAUGUGAGGCUCAGUCUUGAUGCUUGACUGUAUCUCAGCCACUAAACGUGAGAUUUUGCAGUUUUUGGCCAUGCUGUUCAUUUUAUUUGGUCAAAAACAAACUCAUAAAGGAGGGAAUCAUAGAUGCUGCCUUAAUGUAGUUGCUGGUGAGAUCUGGUCAGAGCAGGUUUCAUGCAGGGGGGUUUAUCACCUGCCGCUUGGAUAGAUAUUUUCCACCAUUCAUACUGUUACCAGAUGAGUUUUGAUAUUUAUUUGUAUUGUUUUAUUUGUCUUGGCUGAAAUUGUUUAGCUAAAUCAUCUAAACCGCUUAACUGAAACAUUUUUGUUAAGUCCAAACUGUCAAUUUCAUUUACUUAGCUUUUGGUUUGUAAUGGUUGUUUGGUAGAGUAGCCUCACUGCCUUUGUAUGUUUCUGUGUUUGUGUGUGGGAGUGUGUGGAAGCAGGUUUAGUAUAUUAUUAUCAGUGAACAUUAUUGUAGUAACAUUAAAGAGCCUGCAGAUGGGGCCAAUGUUCUAUCUGCUAAUUCCUAAAAUGAUGGUCAGCUUGUUGAAAAUUGAGUCAGCUUGAAACUUUUCUUGAGGCUGGCACAGUUCCGGCUUACUGGCAGCUGCCUGGCACAACCACAGUCCUGUCUGUGCUGCUUGAGGUCUGAUCUGAGAGUGGGAAAUGUUGAGAGUUGGUUAGUCAAUUUUCCAUUCUCCAGUGGGUUUAAUUAAGGCUUUCCUGGCUGUGUGUGACGUGUUUGUCAUUCAACAGUACCUGAGGACGAAGCUGCAUCGAGCGACGAGUACUGACGAAAGCUCUGGUUAUUUUGCUUCUUCAAUUUUGAGUUGCUUUAUGUUUUAUUUCAAACUUUCUGUCGUCACUAACUGCAAGGCGACGUCUCAUCACUCAGGAAGCUGUGAAGUUGGAAGUUUGAGGAACCUUUAGGUCUCUUGAUUUUGGAAUAAAACACACUUUUCGAAUGUUUAAGGACUGGCCUGAUCUGUGUUAAACAGGUGCAUAUGCAAGUGGUUAUCAAAUACCUCAUUUAUCAAUUUUAUGUUGUUUUGGCUUGUACAAUGCUCCGUAUAUUAAUUCAACUGUGGGGUUUGUGCAUAUUUUUGUACUGUUAUAAUUAUUAUUAUGGACAUGACAAUAAUAUUACUGAUUAUUAUAGUUUUCUCUUUGAUUAAUGCAAACAAAAAAUGGAACAAAACACAAGAAUGCUUGUAAAAACUGGUUUGUGCUGAUUGUAUUUAAGAGGAGCACUUUUCCAAAGUGGUUUUCACACAUUCAGUUUUGUUCAUAUUAGUUAAUAUAAAGAUAUGGUUCUCAGGGCUUUAAACUUGUAUGUCAUGAUAAAGUUUUACUUUAUAUCGUAAUUUUGUGUGUCUGUUUCAUUUCUUCUGAAAUUAUUAGACUUGUUUCUUUUUUAUAGAUUAUUUACACUUGCUGUAAAUCAAUUUCAGCUAAAGCUACAUAUCCAUUUUUUUGUAAUCGGGUGUCACACAGAAUAUAGAGUCAUGGGAAAAAGAAAGUACACCCUUGUUAAAUCUGGGGUUAUCCAUAAUAGGACAUAAUGUAAAUCUAAUCUGAAUAUAUAAUCUAUAUCUGUAUAUAAAUUGGAUGUGUUUUGUAAAGUGCCUUGAGGUGACAUUUGUUGUGAAUCGGCGCUAUAUAAAUAAACUGAACUGAAUUGAA